UUUCUACCAGACAAGGGGGAGAGGAAGAAAACAAAGCAAAAUAUAAGCAUCUUUCCAAAGUAUUAAGCAAAGUUCAUCAUUUUCUUAAACAUCCUGAAGAGCAGAUGGAGUUUCAGGGAGGAAGCGAUGACUUGUGGUUACAUAAGUGUGUGUGAAGUCACACUUCUGCUUUGGCUCACACACAGGUAACGGGACUAAAGCAAGAAGCUCCGAGCAGUGGUUAUUCAACAGCAUUAAAAAAACUUUCCUGCUUAAUGUCGUCACACAGGGGUUAACUAAAAAUCUGUGGUGUGACCUGUCACAAAACGAAAACACCUGUCGAACUUUCUGUUUCCUGUUAUUUUAAUGCUGAAAUACGACUUUCUUUUCUGCUUUUAAUCUCAAUCGCACACCUGCUUCUUUGUCAACGAAACAAAACUUCUGUGGUUUAUUAUUCAGCAUUCAUAAGAACAAAGCAUCUGCUGUUUGAUUUCAUUUAGCAAGAAGGCAAACCAAGGCAGAGCAGGGCACUUUCUUAUGUACGUAAGUGUCCAACAGUCCUGUGAAAAUAAGAUAUUAAUUGGCCAGAUGAUGAGUUGGAAUAUAUUCAGUGUUAACCCAGCUGCAACAUUAAAACUGCAGAAAUGGGAAGAAAAAGAAGAUAUGAGACAUCACCACUUCCUCUUGGGGUGGGUAUUAAACAACACUCACACAUGAAUGCGCACUCCUGAAUCUAAUGCAGUAUAAAUAUUUGGCUGUUAAUAUAGCUUGACUGAAAAUGCAAUGUUUCUAAGAAGCACUUUUCCCUCCUGUGAUUAAGACUGCGCGACGACACUUGAGAGACUGUGAAUGAGCCAUGCUGUGUGAAGGCAGACUGUUGAGCAUGACCUAUGGUGAGUUGGGGGAUCUGGAUCCCCUCCCUCCUCAGGAGGCUCUCCGUAGUGCUUAUGGACUGCCGAGACCAGCUGCUGCUCUCAUGCCAGGCUCCACCAGACGUGCUCCACCUGUUCAACACAAUUUCUCGGUGCAGACGGGUUAUUUGGACAACAGGAGUGUUUCGGUGGAGAUGUACUGUUCUCUACUGCAGUCCUCAGAUCUCCUCACAGGGCAGCCAGGCAGACUUAUCUCUCCAGAGAUAGAGAUCCCUGCUCAGGCUUGCUCAGGUGGUGAUUCUCCUUUCUUGGUUCCCUCCUUCUGCCAGAGCAUCUGCCAGAACUACAGUGACCUAUAUAUCGGAGGCGAACAGGUGUUGCCUCUCUCAGCCAACGAUGGUGAGCUCCGGGUGGGUACUGAUGCCCAGGCUGUCUGCCCCUUCCUCCAGUCCUGCGAUGUCCUCCCAGCUGUGGAGGAUUCUCCGCCGGGACAGACAUCUCAGGGUGGACUUCUGCAUCCGCUGAGAGGAGGUUCAAAUCGCUGGAGAGUGGGGAGCGGCCGUGAUCGGAGCUUUUUGUUCCAGGAUCAUGAAGGUCCAUUCUCCAACUCUCUUCUAAAUCGCUACCUGGAGCAGAAACUAAUGGAUUUAUACCAGCAAUACAUAAUGGAAAACAUGGCCAGGGAUGGGGAUUCAGAUGCGGGUCCCAUUUGCCCUCUGCUGAGCUCAGAGCUGGUCCUGACCAGCCUGGACCAGAUCACUUUGCAGCUGAGUCGAGAAGGGAACCUUGAGGCCAGCCUGGCCAAGGACAUGGUUCUUAGCUGCCUGCUGCGGGUGGCUGGUGACAAGCAGUCAAGUGAGCUCAGUACUCCCUUUCUGCAGAUUUCAAAUGAAGCAUCCAGGGAGCAGCUCACAGAGAAUAAAGAGGAGUAACCCCAGUGUCAAGGAACUCACUCAUCCCAUUCUCCCUUUCAUUUUAGUUAUCGCCCAUAAAUAAGAGAAAACUUAUAACCACAUUUCAUUUAUUUUUUUUAAGAGGCAUUGAGAGUUUUGCAAUGCCAGUUCUCGAUGUGAUUAGUAAUUACCAGGAGCCUGUGCAUGUAGUGUGCAUGUGUGUUUAGGUGUCAUCAUUCUGCUGUGCAUUCAUGCAAGUGACAUAUUUGCAUGUGGUGUGCUGUUGCGCAGUUUUUGCUUUCUAAAGCACAAUAAAGAUAGGAACUGAAAAUUGAAAGUGAUCUUUUCCCUUUUCCCCUUCAUUUAUAAUGGAACAACACACCCUCAUUAACAACAUCAUGUUCAUACAUUUCACACAUGACCAUAUCUCUGAAUAACCAUUAACGCUACAUAUGUCCGAUAUAAAUGUCUCUCUGUGGUUAAGUGCAGAAGAACACGCCAUUUCUGUCUUUUAGGAAACCAAUGAAAUAUAAUAUAGUAGCUUGAGAAUGAUCAGAUUUUGCCCACUUUUCUUUAUUUCAACGGAAUAAUCUGAACUCACCAACUUCCACUAAUGGAUGUUUGACCUUGAAUGUGUUCAGGAGUUAAAUAUCUGAAAUAUUUGCAUAUUCAUAGCUUCUGACAUUUUUCAUUGAGGGAGAAGAAGCAAAUGUACUUUUUAAUUUCUAAAUACAUAUUUUUUUGAAACUCAAAAAAAUCCCAAUUAAAGCAAACUGCUUUUCAUUCCUCUUAUACAACGGUGGAGUGUUCUCCAGGGAAACUUUGGGUUCUGGCAAUCAUGAGGAUGUCCCAGAGGUCCUGUGUCCCUUCCUUCUGACAGGUCAGAGGUGUUUUGGCAGCACAGGGAGGGACCUAAAACAUGUUAACCAGCUUUUAAUGUUGCGGCUGAUCAGUGUAUAAACUUGUUGGUCAUUUACGUUUAUUCCAGCACUCCCCUGCCAAUGAUGAAGAUAUCUUUAAUGACUUAAUCCAAAGUGUGCAGUCUAAUGAACAGUCACAAGGGGGAAGCAUUAUCACCUUAUCAACUCCAGUGACUUUGACACACACCUUUGACACCUCUAUUUUCCCUUAUUCCUCCUCCUCAUCCUCCACUGUCUGUUCCCCUCCUUCACCUGACAUUUAUCCAUCCAGCUAAUGCUUCCUAUCACCUGCACCCUGCUGCUGCUCAUCUAUGAUGUCAUAAGGACUGGGCUGUAAAUCUGCCGCACGCAGGCAGCUGGACACUAACACCAGAUUUUACACUGUAUUUGUGAUACUUUUUCCUCUACUGUAUAAACAAAAUACAACAUUAAGAUAAGGUUAUCUGUGCUGCAUGAUUAAUUUUGGGGAAAUGUUUCUCUUGGACAAAUGAGAAACUCAGCACUGCUGCAAACUGUCGGAUUCACACAUUAAAAGUGACAUGCUAUUUUUCUUGUUCCCCCUUGUUGAAAGUGCAUAGAAAGACCCGUGACUCCAUUCCAGCCCAGGGCAGCCGUGGCCUUCUGAGCCCGUGUUUGAUCAGCUUCCUUGUUUCCUGUCCAAACAGAGAGCCACAGGAGGAAACUGUGUUUACCGCGAGCUGAGCGCUGCAGUCGGAGUCCUGUGAAGUCUCAAGGCCGCAGAGACACAUGUUUGGUAUUUCUGCUUCCAUCCGGAUUGAACAUUCCAGGUACAUGUUAAAGGAACCGAGUCCGUACAGACCUAAACAAAAACACACUCACAUAUAAAUAUGAUUCAGCCAAUGCCAAGCCCAGUGGUGUGAGCAUAUUUAAACAAACUGAUUUCCACAGACCU